CCCCUCGCUCUGGCGGUUCCCGGCGUGGGGAGGAGCCCGGUCGGUUCCCAGGAACCUCAGGCUCAUGCCCGUCCCACUUCGCCCACGCCUUCAAUGGGAUGAGUCUCUGAGUCCCUUGCGAAUUAGUGUGGGCAGCCUCCCAGUGCUGGCGUCCAUGACCAAGGCAGCUGACCCCCGCUUCCGCCUGCGCUGGAAGGCCAUUGUGGCAACCUCUCUGGCCUUGGCCCUUGUGCUGCUGCUGCUCUGCUUCCAGCGUACACCCUCAGUAAGCCGGCCAGUGCCCGCCAAUGCCCACAACUGGCGGCUCAGUGGGCUGCCCAGCGAACGAUACAAUGACACGUACCCUCUGUCACCAGCCCAACAGAUCCCUGAAGGGGUGCGGUAUCGCAUUGGACUCAUUGCUGACCUGGACACAAACUCCAAGGCCUCCAGUGAGCAUACCUGGUUCAGCUACUUGAAAAAGGGUUACCUGACACUGUCAGCCAGUGGGGACCGUGUCUCUCUUGAGUGGGAUGCCAAUGACCACGUGUUGGAGUCUCACCUGGCUGAGAAGGGGCGUGGCAUGGAGCUGUCUGAACUGGUAGUCUUUAAUGGCAAGCUCUAUGCUGUCGACGAUCGCACGGGAGUUGUGUACCAAAUCGAUGGCACCAAGGUGGUUCCUUGGGUGAUCUUGUCAGAUGGAGAUGGCAGCGUCGGCAAGGGUUUUAAGGCGGAAUGGCUGGCAGUGAAGGAUGAACACCUGUACGUGGGAGGCCUGGGCAAAGAUUGGACAACAGCCACAGGGGAGGUGCUCAACCAGAAUCCCGAAUGGGUGAAAGUCAUCGGCUACAAAGGGGACGUGGCUCAUGAGAGCUGGGUGGCCAAUUACAACGCACUCAGGGCGGCAGCAGGGAUCAAACCCCCAGGUUACUUGAUCCAUGAGUCUGCCUCAUGGAGCGAAACACUCCAGCGCUGGUUCUUUCUGCCUCGCCGGGCUAGUCAUAAACGUUACAACGAACAGGAGGAUGAACGCCGUGGCACCAAUUUACUUCUUAGUUCCACACCAAACUUUGCCGAUAUCACUGUGAGCCAUAUUGGUGAUAUCACUCCCACCCACGGCUUCUCCUCCUUCAAGUUUGUUCCUGGCACUGAUGACCAGAUCAUUGUGGCGUUGAAGUCUGAGGAAGAUGCUGGACGCGUGGCGACCUACAUCACGGCCUUCACCCUGGAUGGGCGUUCCCUACUGCCUGAGACCCGCAUUGGUUCUGUCAAAUAUGAGGGCAUUGAGUUUAUUUAGUUGAGAAGACGGACAUUUUGAGAUAGGACAAAUGGACUAGGGGAGUGGGGUGGGGGUCUCCC